AUGAACCAGGCACAAACUCUGCUGCUUGAUGGUCUCAUCAAGACAAAGCAUGUAGACAAAGCUGCCCUUAUCAGAAUAGCCGACAUGAACGUGAUGACAGCAACUCCAGGCUUUAAUAUUCAGACCUGGGCCACAGUCUUUGUCCAAGCUUUCUUCAACAACCCGGCCCAAAUACGAAGGGAAGGGCAGUACUUUAAUGAUCGGUAUUAUAAAUGCUACCGAGCAGAUAGCAACUCCAUCUACCUUAAAGCAAAAGAAGAAGGAGUGAUAGUGGCUAAAACAGGAAACUUUAUCCUGGUUGGAACAUAUUGCCAAGGCAUGUAUCCCAGUGUCUGUGUUGAGGCAGUGGAGAAACUAGCAGACUACCUGAGAGCAAAGGGGAACUAA